AUGAAAGAGAUAGGAUUGCCUCAACAAUUUGUGAAUUGGGUUAUGCUCACAGUGAAUACAGUGUCCUACAAAUUCAAUGUGAAUGGGGCUUAUACAGAGUGCAUGCCAGCAAAGAGAGGAAUCAAACAAGGGGAUCCCUUAUCCUCUAUGUUGUUUGUGAUUAUGAUGGACUACUUGAACAGACUCCUCCAUAGAAUGCAAGCUAAUACUGAGUUUAAGUAUCACUAUAGAUGUAGAGAAUUGCAACUUACUAACAUGGCUUUUGUAGAUGAUGUAUUAUUGUUUUCCAGGGCUGAUCUUAAUUCAGUCAGGCUAAUGUUGAAAGUUCUGCAGGAUUUCUCUCAGUCCACAGGCUUGGUGGUAAAUCCCAGGAAGUGUAGGGUGUUCUUUGGAGGGGUUGACUCUGAUACAAGGCUCAAGAUAAGGGAGAUGACAACUUUUCAGGAGGGUGUGCUUCCUUUCAAGUACUUGGGCAUACCUAUGACUAGUAAAAGACUUGAGAUCCACCGUAGUGCAGCCAUCUCCAAGAAAAGUCCAGUGGCUUGGAAAACUGUGUGUAAACCUAGGAAGCAUGGAGGUUUACACAUUAUUGAUAUGCAGGUCCGGAGCAAUGUUACUAUGAUGAAGCUGCUCUGGAACAUCCAUAAGAAGAAGGAUAACCUUUGGGUUAAGUGGAUAAGCUGCUACUAUUUGAAAGGACACGAUAUUAUGCAGGUGGAGGAAAAAGUUCAAUAUUUAUGGAUCUUUAAGGCUAUCCUGAGGCAUAGAGAUGGAGCUGUUGGGUUACAGAAUUGGAAUUCAAUGGAGCACUUUAAAACUAGAAUUGUUUACAAGCAUAUGCGGUCUAUUGAAGAACAGGUGCCUUGGUACAGACUGUUUUGUGGAAAAAAUGAGAGACCUCGAGCUCUCAUCACUCUUUGGAAAGCAUGUCAUGGAAAGUUAGCUACUAGGAGUAGGUUAUAUCAUUUUGGCAUUGUGGGAUUCCAAACUUGCUGCUUUUGUGUGCAGGAGGAGACUCAAGACCAUUUAUUAUUUGACUGCAGUGAGACUAGGGAAAUAUGGAAACAUGUUUUGCUUUGGAUAGGAUUCAGUCAUGAACCAAGAAUAUGGACUGAAGAGCUUCUCUGGUUGAAUCAAAUAUGUAAGGGGAAGUCUACUAGAGCCAGCAUGUUGAAGAUGGCAGUUGUAGAAUCGGUUUAUGGUGUCUGGAACUAUAGAAAUUCUAUAAGUUUUGGGAAUAUGAUUGAUAAAAAUAGAAUUGUAAGAAAUAUUAUUGAUAUGUUAGUGUAUAGGGGUUGGACCAAGGAAAAGCUUAGACCUCACUUGGCAUCCUUGAUGAUGUAG